CCAUGGUUCUGAUCCUGAAGAGUCUGCUGCCCGGCUGCCUCUUCAACAUCAUCGGCUUUGGGUCCACCUUCAAGCCCCUGUUCCCGACCAGCCAGAGCUACGAGGAGGAGAACCUGGUCCAGGCCUCUGAAUACGUCCGGAGGCUCCGGGGCGACAUGGGAGGAACCAACGUCCUGAACCCCCUGAUCUGGAUCCUCCGUCAGCCCUCCUUCAGAGGAAACCCCCGCCUCCUGUUCCUCAUCACUGAUGGAGCGGUCCGCAACACGGGGGCUGUCAUUGAGCUGAUCCGGAGCCAGGCCCGCUCCAUCAG